AAAAGGAAGAGGGGCCAGAAUAUCUCGUUUAAACAGUGAAUGCAUGUGUGGCGCAGAGGGAAUAUUAAAUUCCUGUGACAGAGCGGCAGACCCGACUAGGCGAUGCUUGUUUACCAGCAGAAGAGGAUAACCGGAGGUUUCCCUCUACAGCCACGUUAAAAUCUGGUCAAGUAGUUGUGAAUAAGCACCGACUAAUAAACAUAAUAAUAUAAGAAUUAAUGGGCUAGUUGCUCUCAUUAAUUCUGUGACUAACCAUCAGAUCGAGUUACUAUUUAUUCUAAUAUGUUUUACAAUCCACUUCAACCCCCUAAGUGACGCACAUGUGGGCUUUAUAGGUCAUGAGCAUUAGACAUUAGUUUGGCACAUUCAGAUUGAUUUAAAAAAUGUUCGCAGUAGUCAAACGCUGGAUCACAGGACCAGAGAUGCUAUAAAUAAAGCUACAGUCCUGGCUGACUACGCUCAAAUGAGUCGGAAGAGGGCAGAGUGAUAGUAGGAGGGCUUUCUCCUUCUCUCUCUCUCGCCUUUGAACGGGGCCACCUCACUCCAGCAUUCAUCCCGUUUCCACCAAUAAGCCCAAUGAGCUGAGCGCGCACCGCCCACUGUCGGUGUGUGUGUAUUUUUUUUUCUUCUCCUUUCCUUUUUUUUUUUUUUUUUUUUUUUUAACCAGAGCUGGAUGUGUAGAUCGUCACAUGCUGUUUCCACCUCCUCGGUCCGGACACUAGCAGACAUGUGUUAUUUAUUGCUCGGCUUUGAGAGAAGACGAACGCACGCACAACCGGCUCUGAUAAGAGAGGAUUAAAAUAAAGCGCGUCGUUUCUUUAACAACUCGAGGAAAGGAAGCAUUGUGUCUGAUAGCCAAGAGAAUGGCGAGUCCGCCAAACACAGGAGAUCAGCCGUUAUUGCCCAGUACUACGAGCGCGAUAAAUGAUAUCAAGAAAUGCGGAUAUCUAAAGAAGCAGAAACACGGACACAAGCGCUUUUUCGUUUUGAAAGAGCCGAGCGAAGGCUUCCCUGCCCGGCUGGAAUACUACGAGAGCGAGAAGAAAUGGAAAAACAAAUCGGCCGCGAAGAGAGUUAUUCCUCUGGACUGCUGUCUCAAUAUCAACAAGAGAGCGGACGCAAAACACAAAUAUCUUAUUGCUCUUUAUACCAAGGACGAGUAUUUUGCCGUGGCAGCAGAAAACGAGCAGGAACAGGAGAGUUGGUACCGGGUGCUGACGGAUUUAAUGGCAGAGGGGAAAGUAUACGACGGCUCAGCGUCUAACUCUGCGUCCUCGCUGGUUGGCUUUGACGAGGCGAGCUACGGUGUAAUAACGCCGGUUUCCGCCGCCUACAAGGAGGUAUGGCAAGUAAAUCUGAAAUCCAAAGGCCUGGGGCAAAGCAGAAAUUUGACCGGAGUGUACAGACUCUGUCUCUCCAGCCGGACUAUCAGCUUCGUCAAGCUAAACUCAGAGGUUGCCUCUGUCAAUUUACAGCUGAUGAAUAUUCGGAGGUGCGGCCACUCUGACAGCUUUUUCUUCAUUGAGGUUGGUCGAUCUGCAGCCACUGGUCCGGGUGAGUUAUGGAUGCAGGCUGAUGACUCUGUCGUGGCGCAAAAUAUCCACGAAACUAUCUUGGAGGCGAUGAAAGCCAUGAAGGAGCUGUCGGAAUUCCGUCCGCGCAGCAAAAGCCAGUCAUCCGGUACAAACCCCAUCUCUGUGCCCACACGACGGCACCUGAACAAUCUCCCCCCGAGCCAGACUGGACUUCCCCGGCGGUCGCGCACUGACAGCAUGGCUGCGACCUCACCUGUGAGCAAAUUUUCCUCCUGUCGAAUACGCACGGCCAGCGAGGGCGAUGGCACCAUGACACGCCCCAUGUCAGUGACUGGCAGCCCCCUAAGCCCAGGAGCCCACAGGACCCUGCUGAGCAGAUCUCACACCAUUACAUCGCGCCCUAGUAGGACAUUUGAAUCUUCUUCCCUCCAGCACAGUAAGUCCAUGUCCAUGCCCCUGUCUCGGUCCCCGCCCAUGGCCACCCCAAGCCCGGUGAAUCUGUCCUCCUGCCCAGACAGCAGUGCUCCUCGCCCCUCCAGCUGCAGUGCCUCCUUCUCAGGCUCCCCCAGCGAUGCUGGUUUUAUAUCAUGUGAGGAGUAUGGCUCAAGCCCUGCAGAUGCACGGGACUUGAGGCUACCACUCACUCUCCGUAGCAACACCCCUGAGUCUCUCAAAGCUGACACUCCCCCAUCCCGGGAUGGCAGCGAACUUGACGGCUAUAUGGUGAUGGAACGGCAGAAUCAGAACGGUUAUCGUCGGUUACCGGAGCUGGACAAGGCUUAUCGAAAGCGCACAUACUCCCUCACUACACCCCGCCAGCAGAGGGGUCCCCCCCAAGUAUCUUCAGCCUCCCUGGAUGAGUAUACUCUUAUGAGAGCAACUUACACCAGUGGAAGUCAGUCUUCUCGCAGGUGUCACACUGCCUCACCUAAAGGGAUGUAUCCUGAGGAUUACAGGGAUGUUCAGAGUGGCGUUAGCAGUCUCCAAGGUGACAGCGGAUAUAUGCCCAUGAUGCCAGGGGUGGCACCUCAGACACCGGGGUCCAAGGAUGACCCCUACAUGCCCAUGAGCCCCAUGUGUGUUUCUGCACCAAAGCAGAUCAUCAACCCUCGUUCACACUCAUCUUCAGCGGGGCUGGCCCCACGCACUGAUUCCCCUGGGAGUGUUUCUCUGGAGGACAGUGGCUAUAUGCGGAUGUGGUGUGGAACAAAGAUGUCAGUGGAGAGCACUGAUGGAAAGCUCACCAAUGGAGAGUACCUAAACAUGUCUCCUGUUGAUCCUCUAGUGUGUCUCACACCUCCAGAUUAUAUCCUCAGUCCUCUCGGAGGAGAUCCCCAACCCCUGCAACAUCACAGACAGCCUUAUGCUUACAGCUCUCUGCCACGCUUGAUAAAAGGCCCGUUGCAGCGCAACGGGUCCACAGACACAGAUCAGUAUGUGGUGAUGAGUUUACAGAGACAGCGGAUAGAGGAGGAGUCCAACUAUUGUCCUAUCUCUCCAGGAGACUCUGUGGCCAGCAGCUCUCCGGGGAUACCAGGCACUUCUUCCACUGCUGCAUCACCUCUCAGAGUGGCUCGGAUAGAUGGAGGUCUGGUACACCGGAGUAGGGUGUGUCGACCCACUCGCCUGGCUCUGGAAUCCCUCAGAACACUACCAUGUAUGAGCGAACACCCCCUUCCUUCAGAGCCACGCAGCCCCGGAGAGUACAUCAACAUAGACUUUGGUAGUGCUACCCACGACCUGCUGGCAUCAACAGUGUCAGGGAGCUCUGAGUCCUCUGUGAGUGUUAAGUGUGCAGAGGAGGGAUCCCUGCCACUCUCAGACUAUGCUAAUGUUGACGUCAGUUCCCCAGGUCACCUUGGCCCACACCAAACCGGGGGUUCCUCCCCUGGAGGUUGCCUAAACCACACGCCUGAAGUCUCAAAUUGCCCUAGCCCAUUGAACACCCAGCAGACCAUACAGGGAGGCAAGGAGGAAGAAGAGGAAAAAACCACAGAGAGACAGGCAGAGGAGAGGGGGAUGGGAGAGGAAUAUAUUCUCCAACAGCAGGUGAGCCUGGUGUGUCAGCCCGAUGUAGUCAAGGAUGACUACACUGAGAUGACUUUCAGUCCUCCUGCCCCUCUGCCUGCUCUUUGCACCACUGAUGCUGCUCCCCUGCCCACCAGCCCCACUGCCUGUGUCCAGAGACUCAGCCUUGAGAAUAGCAAUGUGGAUAUUGUGCCCCCUGUGCCACUGGACUCUUUUCUCCUGGGGGGUCCUUCAUUAUCUGUCACCCUCUUGGAUCCACACAGGGGGGCCAAAGUGAUUCGGGCUGACCCACAGGGGCGCCGGCGACACAGCUCUGAGACCUUCUCCUCCACCACCACUGUCACUCCCGUGUGCCCAUCCUUUGCUCAUGACACCAAACGGCACAGCUCUGCUUCUGUGGAGAAUGUAUCCCGCACAGUUUGCAGCUCAGAGGGACCCGAAGAAGACUAUGGCAGCAACAGUCCCAUGUGCCGGGAAAUGUCAGCUGGUUAUCAAAAUGGACUUAACUACAUUGCCUUAAACUUGAUGGAGGGAAACCUUGGAGGAUGCAGACUGGGUGACUGCGAUGGACUCCUGAGGUUCAAGACCGCCUGCGGCUGCAAGGGGGGCAUGAAUGGUUUCAAUACUAGCCCAUACGCCAGCUUGGGAUUCAAGGAGACUGCGGCUGCUGCUGUAAAAGAAUGAGGACUGAUGGAUCCUCGCAGCCCUCCCCACCCGACGCUCCCUCCUUUUCCUGUGAACUUAGGAUUUCGCUGCUGCCAAGUUAUGAGGUCGCCACGGCGACAGCUGGACCAUGCGCCGCAGUCGAUGUCCUUUGACCUCUUCGCCGCCUUCGAGGGUCACGGGGACGGCCAUCACCAUGGCAACACGGACACUUGACCCUUGCCCCAAAUCUUCCCUCCGCUUUUUUCGGCACCAAAACAUUGAGGCGCCAUCGCUGCUGCUGUACUAGAUUACUUAAAAGAUAACAAGAACUUAAACAGACUAUUAACUCUAACUAUAGAUAGGUAACUAUUUAUCUCUGUGUGUAGGCCUGCAAAAUUAUCCUGCAGUUUAUUGUUAUGUUAAUUAUUAUUAUUGUUGUUAUUUGCCAUUCUUACACUUUCAGCUGGUUUUAAUUGCCAGAUACUCUCGCCUGAGAAACCUGUGAACCAAACCUGGACAGCAUAGUAUGCACACACAUACACGCAAAAAACCUUUCAUGCAUACAGAUUACAUAUAUUUAUUUAUUUAUCAUGUAUGUAUGCAUUUAAUGAAGUGUGUGUGUGCGUGUGUGUGUGUGUGUGAGUGUGUGUGUAUGCGUGUGUGUGAAUUUGCAUACAGAUUGUACUGCAAAAAAGAGGUGGCAUUUAUAAACAUAUUUAAAAAUCAAAGUUACCAUUUGCUUAAAAAACACUACCUCAGCAAAAACCAGGUUGGUACCAAUUCACACAAUAUAUAUAUAUAUAUAUAUAUGUAUAUAUAAUAUGCAUAUAUAUAUAAUAUUUAUUUUCAGAGGUGAAUGUUUUUUAAAGUCACCAAUCCAAAGCCUUACUCUAGCCAUCAGCCCACAUCUGAUGGCCCUUUUUAGUUUGGACCUAUAAACACGCAGUAUAUCAAAGAUUUAGCCAAUCAUCUUACACACCGAAUGUUGAUCAGAGCCAAGCGAGAGAUAGCCUCUCUGAGAUUAAGUUCCUUCUCUCCCCGUGUUACAUGUAUGACAAGAAUAUGUAUUAAAUAUCCAGAGUAAUAUAUAUA